CAAGCUUCGUCACCGUGUAAAUCAUUGGACUGGAAAAUUAGGGUUUUGGGACUUGGGUGGGUGUGAUUGAUUCCAUAGAAGCAGAGAUGGGGAAGAAGAAAGGAAGCAAAGCAGCUUCGCCUUCUUCAGAUGAUUUCUUACAAACCCUCGAAGACUUCACAAGCAAAGAGAAUUGGGAUAAGUUCUUCACUCUCAGAGGCAACGACGACUCUUUCGAGUGGUAUGCUGAGUGGCCUCAGCUCCGUGACUCGCUUUUACCUCUGCUCCAAGACUCAUCAUCAUCUUCUUCUGGCUCACUUCAGAUUUUGGUUCCUGGGUGCGGGAACUCCCGCCUUUCUGAGCAUUUGUACGAUGCUGGGUUCCGUGACAUCACCAAUGUCGACUUUUCCAAGGUUGUUAUCUCCGAUAUGCUUCGUCGGAACAUUAGGACUCGUCCCGAACUCCGUUGGCGAGUUAUGGACAUAACAAAGAUGCAGUUGGCAGAUGAAUCUUUUGAUACGGUUCUGGAUAAAGGUGCUCUUGAUGCUUUGAUGGAGCCAGAAGUUGGAACGAAGCUGGGAAGUCAAUACUUAUCAGAGGCCAAACGGGUUUUGAAACCUGGGGGGAAGUUUAUCUGUCUAACGCUGGCGGAGUCUCAUGUCUUAGCAUUGCUCUUUUCAAAACUUCGUUUUGGUUGGAAGAUGACUGUUCAUUCAAUCUCUCAAAAACGCUCGAAUCUUAAGACGUUUAUGGUGGUGGCUGAAAAGGAAAAUUCCGUUUUACUGCAUGAUAUAACCUCUUCUUUCGAUCUUUUAUCUAUUGGUCGCAACGAUAACCAGGGCUCUGGUAUGCGUGAAGCCCUCGAGAGUGAGAACCAAAGACGUAGAGACUGGAAUAAUGGCUCAGACUUGUUGUAUUCUCAUGAAGAUUUGAAACUUGGUAUUAAAGGAAACUUGGCAGAGUUUACUGGAGGUCGCCGUAUAAAAUUUACUUUGGGUGGCCAAGGAAGCAAUUUCAGUUAUAGAGCUGUGCUUCUUGAUGCUCAAAAGCAAACUGAGCCAUUUGUGUAUCAUUGUGGUGUUUUUCUUGUCCCCAAGACUCGUGCUCAUGAGUGGCUGUUCUGUUCAGAGGAAGGACAGUGGCAGGUUGUCGAGAGUUCUCAGGCCGCUCGUCUCAUAAUGGUUUUUCUCGACAGUAGCCAUAGUGGCGCCACCAUGGAGGAUGUACAGACUGAUUUAUCUCCCAUGGUGACACAACUAGCUCCUAGAAAAGAUGAUGAAGAAGCUCGUAUACCGUAUAUGAUGGCAAGUGAUGGGAUCAAAAAGUGUGAUACUGUCCACGAGGUUACAUCUUCCUUGACUGGAAAAGUGGUCGUUGAAGAUGUGGUUUAUGAAAGCACUCCUAGUAAUCCUGAAGGCGUAUCUCCUUCUAGCGAUUUGGCAUUUCGGCGCCUUGUAUUCAAAAGAACUGAGGGUUUGAUACAAUCUGAAGCUUUGCUUGUAGAGGAUGGUGAGAUUCUUGAACAACCUCAGAAUGAAAAAACUAAAACUGUUUCCCAAUCGAAACGAAAGGGAAAUAAAAAACGAAACCAAGAAUCAAGCGGACCUCUUAUGAAGGUCUCUCAUGAUUAUUUGGCUAGCUCUUACCACACUGGAAUUAUUUCUGGAUUCACAUUGGUAUCUUCCUACCUGAAGAACGCUGAAUCGUGCGGAAAGAUGGUUAAGACUGUUAUAAUUGGUCUUGGAGCAGGAUUACUUCCCAUGUUCCUCCAUGGAUGCUUGCCAUUUUCCGAUAUUGAGGCGGUUGAGCUUGACCCGGUAAUGCUUAGUGUUGGCAACGAUUACUUUGGUUUCACACAAACUGAUCGCUUGAAGGUGCAUAUUUCUGAUGGGAUCAAAUUCAUUAGAGAUAUAACAAACUCUAAAACUCCUUCUGAGGAAACAGCAAACGCUGUGCCUAAACCACAAACGACUAGCUCAAAUGGGGAGUCCGCAACUUAUAAUGUCAAAGGCGGAACUUGUCCUGACAUUCUGAUUAUAGAUGUGGAUUCAGCAGAUUCAAGUGGGGGUUUAACCUGUCCUGCAUCUGAGUUUAUCGAAGAGACAUUUCUUCUUUCAGUUAAGCGCGCUCUCCCUCAGCACGGUCUUUUCGUAGUGAACUUGGUUUCAAGGUCACAAUCCGUCAAAGAUAUGGUAGUAUCAAGAAUGAAAAAGGUUUUUGAUCACUUGUUCGGCCUGCAACUAGAAGAGGAAGAUGACGUAAACGUGGUGCUCUUUGGGCUUUGCUCUGAAACCGUAAUCAGCGAGAGCGAUAUUCCAGAAUCUGCAGUAAUACUGGAAGGGUUGCUCAAGUGCCAGAGAUUGGAAACAAAGCAAAGCAUCAUAGACGCUACAAAGAAGCUGAAAUGCUGGAAAUAAAAACAUUCUUUAUUUAUUUUGUUUUAUGGUUUAAAAAGACGUGCUAUAUAUUUUAUCUCGGUUGUAAGUUUGUGAUUGAAAUUUUUUGAGAUUAGAUGAUACACUCAAUAGUUUCUUCCUUACGCAAAUGGAAAAUGAAACGUGUGGUUUUUAUAA